AUGCAACCCCCUGAUUUUGAUCCAAAUAUUGAUUAUUACAAGGCACUUGGCAUUCCAAAGUCUGCAAGUGAAAAAGAUAUCAAAGUUCAGUAUUAUAAGUUAGCACAGUAAUACCAUCCAGAUAAGAAUGGGGGUAAGACAACCGAGAAAUUCAAGGAAAUAUCAGCUGCAUAUAAUGUCAUAGGAAACCCUGGUAAAAGAAAAGAGUAUGAUUCAAUGAGGCAAUAUAGCUAGUCAGCUCAAUAAAGUCAUUCAUAUGGAUCAGGGUAAUCUAGAACGAGUGGUCCUCAAGGUGGUUUUGGACAAUAAGGUGGAUUUGGCGGCUUCGGUGGGUUUAGUGGUUUUGGCUAAAAUCAAUAAUCAGCAGGUUCAUUCUAUGAAUAGCAGUAGAGGCAAAGAUAAAGAGCAGAAGAAAUGCGUAAGCAAAGAGAUAGCUAGCAGCAAUAGCAAUAGUACGAUGAAUAAUAGUAGUAUUACUCCCAGCAAUAAAAUGGACAGAAAAAGUCAGGCUAUACAUACUAUCGCGACAAAUAUGGAAGAGAAUACUACGAAUUCAAAGGAGAUCCUAAAGAUUUUUAUGAAGAGUUGUUUCGAAAGCAAUAGGAGGCUUUUAGGUAGCAAGAAAGAGAAAACUAAACUAGGUCUAAUUUCAAUCAAAGUAGCAGUGGUAAUCAUUAGUAUGAUGAUUUCUUUAAAUAAGGGUUUGCAGAUUAAAAGCAGAAGGAAUAGACACAUCAAGCAGCUUAAAAGAAAAAAGAGUAGGAAUGGGAAUCAUACUAUAAGAGUCCCUUUGAGUAAUGGUAGGAGCAGCAGAAUGGCUAUUACAAUGACCCAAAAAAAAUAAAGUAGCCAUUCUUAGCCUAAUCAUUAUCUUUAGAUUAUAUGGACGAAUAUUAGCUGUAUUAAAUGCAUCAUGAUCCUGCAAUGUAUGCAAGAAUGGCUUAAAAUCCAUAAGCAGCGUUUGACUAGAGAGCAUAUUAAUAGUUUAGCAAUAAUCCUCACUAUGUAUCAUUCGAUGGCAGAAAGCCAAAUUACCCAUAAUGA